CGGUAAUAGCCGUCGUGUCUUCGGUUUUCGUCUCGCCAUAGUAGAAAAUGGCGACCGUGAUCAUUUUGAUGUAACGAAUGUACUUUUUGAAGUGCGUGUAGUGAAUCUAGUAAAAUAAUCGCAGCAGUUUCGUUGUGUUUCGUUUGAAUGAAAGGCAAACAUGCAGAAUGUCACACAAGAAUCGUCGCCAGAUAAUCCGAAAAUAGAUAAAGUGAACGUCCAGCACGAAAUACCGUCGACUCCCCAUUCAACUUCCAACUCGAGUCCCGCAAAGUCCGAGACGGAAACGUAUUCAGAACAUCGCCGAUAUAUGUCCGACUCGUCGGAAAGCGAAGAGGACAGUGUCUCAGAGGAUAGCGCAUGUUCGUUUGAAGACGAGAAGCUAAUUGACAAACUAUUGGAGGAAGUAACGGUCGAAGUGGAGUCAUUUAUGAUUGAUCAGGAGUUCGAGGAGGAUACUCAAGUCGUCGCCGCUAAAUAUCUUCUAAAUCCGGACGAAGAUCGCGCCGUUGAUCCGGAAACUCAAGCUCGACUUGAGGCUCUCCUUCAAGCUGCAGGAAUCAGCCAAUUAGCAGCCAAAGAUGGUAAACAUCUAGCAGAUCCGGAAGUUUUGCGACGUUUAACAUCGAGCGUAUCGUGUGCAUUGGAUGAAGCAGCCGCUGCUCUGACUCGAAUGCGUUCGGAUAACCCUCGCACCCAGCCAGAGAAAAUCUCUUUGGUGGAAGCUUGCACCGACGGUGAUGUCGGAACUGUUAGAAAGCUUCUAACAGAAGGUAGAUCCGUACACGAAACGUCUGAAGAAGGAGAGAGUCUCUUAUCGCUCGCGUGCAGUGCUGGAUAUUAUGAACUAGCGCAGGUUUUACUAGCGAUGCAUGCAAACGUCGAAGACCGAGGCAUCAAAGGAGAAUGCACUCCUUUGAUGGAAGCGGCAUCAGCCGGCCAUCUCGACAUCGUCAAACUCCUAGUGAAACACGGCGCCGACGUCAACGCGCAAUCCACCUCCGGCAACACCCCACUCAUGUACGGCUGUGCCGGCGGUCACACGAAAGUCGUCGAGUUCCUCCUGGAACACGGCGCUAACGUCGAAGACCACAAUGAAAACGGGCACACGCCCCUCAUGGAGGCUGCCAGCGCCGGCCACGUCGAUCUCGCGAAAAUUCUCCUGAAGAGAGGCGCCGGAAUCAACACUCAUUCGAACGAGUUUAAAGAAUCGGCGCUGACGCUUGCGUGUUAUAAAGGACAUUUAGAAAUGGUGAGGUUUUUGUUAGAGGCCGGAGCCGAUCAAGAACACAAAACGGAUGAAAUGCACACCGCAUUGAUGGAAGCAUCGAUGGAUGGGCACGUCGAGGUGGCUCGGCUCUUGCUCGAUUCAGGGGCUCAGGUUAACAUGCCGACGGACAGCUUCGAGUCACCGUUAACGUUAGCGGCGUGUGGGGGCCACGUGGAUUUGGCCAUGUUGCUCAUAGAGAGGGGGGCUAACAUCGAGGAGGUCAACGAUGAGGGGUACACGCCGCUGAUGGAAGCCGCGAGGGAGGGCCACGAGGAAAUGGUCCAUUUGUUGCUGGGACAAGGGGCGAACAUCAAUGCUCAGACUGAUGAAACACAGGAGACAGCCUUGACUUUGGCUUGUUGUGGGGGUUUCACCGAGGUCGCGGAUAUCCUCUUGAAAGGGGGCGCCGAUAUCGAGCUAGGGGCGUCUACGCCGCUGAUGGAAGCGGCACAAGAGGGCCAUUUGGACCUGGUGAAGUUUCUGUUGGAGAACGACGCCAAUGUUCACGCUCAGACACAAACCGGCGAUACAGCGUUGACAUACGCUUGCGAGAAUGGUCACACCGACGUCGCCGACCUCCUCCUGCAAUACGGCGCCGACUUGGAGCACGAGUCUGAGGGAGGUCGGACGCCGUUGAUGAAGGCGUGUCGUGCCGGUCACUUGUGCACUGUGCAGUUUUUAAUAUCUAAAGGUGCGAAUGUGAGGAGACAAACGACGAAUAAUGAUCACACACCGUUGUCGUUGGCGUGCGCCGGGGGUCAUUUAGCUGUGGUGGAGCUGUUGUUGAGUCAUAAUGCCGACCCGUGUCACAAAUUGAAGGAUAAUUCCACCAUGUUGAUUGAAGCGGCCAAAGGAGGACAUACGAACGUAGUGCAAUUACUUUUAGAUUAUCCGCAUUCUAUGCAGCAUAUGAUGAUCAAUCAACAUCAACAAGGGGCUACGACGGCUACCAAUCUGUCCAUGCUUCCAGGACAAGUUGGUAGCCCUGAUUCGCCGAUCACACCCACCGUGCCCCCGCAACCCAUCAACUUUUUCCAAGCACCUCUAGGCGGCGCUCUGCAGGAAGUUCCCGAAGCCGUUCGGAUAGUCUCUCAGGACGAUUCGAGUCCGUCGCUGGACGUAUCCAAACAGCAAGUAUCCACCACCUCGAGUCGAACAUCCGAAAAUCAGCAAAAUCAAACCACUUUUAGAAAAUCCCUAUUGGCGAAAAGUCGUUCAACCGGCGCUGUCUUCGACGGUACCUUAACUUCGGCUGAAGCCCAACAAGUUCGAACACAACCGUUACCUUUGACCGAUUUCGAAGAGGAUUUCCUCAACAAAGAAGAUCCAAACAGUACGCUAAUCGAUUUUAUCAAAUGUCGUAAGAAACAAUACAAUGUAGUGUCAUCUGACGAGGGUACAACACAAAAACAACAGAUUCUUGAGGAGUUGCAUCGGGUUGAACGUGAACUUCACGGGAAGCAAUCUUCUCAAAGCCAUCUAUUUCAAUAUGCAAUUCCUCAAGAUCAGUGCACUGCUGCUAAUAAUAAUACACUGCCUAUGUUAAAUAUUGACAUUGCAAUGCAACAGCAGCAAGGGCCAGGCAUGACAAGUUCCAUGUUUUCACCCAAUCUACAAGUCCCCAAUACUUUCUACACAGGAGGAGCGACGUGUCUACAGUCACCUCUCAAACUAGCUGUAAGCGGAGAUACGAAUACAUUCACUCAAAAUCAGACCCAACCGGCGUUUUAUUUUACGCCGUUGACGACCACCGUCGCGUUACCCACUGCCAGUACGACCACCACUCAACCGAUCAAAUUUCAAAGUGUUACGUCACAUGCAGAAGUUAGUCAGAACACGGCGAUCAGUGAUCGACCGAAGGCGAAGCCGGUCUCAAAAAAAGAAGGCAAGAAUGUCAGAAAACAACAAUUACAAUACCAAUCGAAUUUAUACGGGCAACAAAGUCAGGUGUUCAGUCCAAUUCAGUUGCAACAGCAACAAGUCAAGUCUGGUGAAAAGACUUUAAAUAUUUCGGAAGGUCUGAAUGUGCAAAGUUUAGAUUUGGACUCUUUAGAUCAGGAGUCAUUAGUGUUGAAAGAGGAAAGUCACGAGAAUCUUUUAACGGCUUCGAUUUUACAACAGUUUCAAAAUACGUCGAUUAGAGCAGCUUUCGUCGGAUCACCGCAACCGAAAACGCGUUCAGAUCUCUACGAUCACGUACAAGAUGGUAAAGUGACAAAAUUAGAACUAUCCGAGAAAGAUUUUUCUACAGUGGAUGAUGUCGUUCAAACGCUUGAAUCUUUUAACACAUCUGAUAUCAGCGACCAAAGUGUAAAUCAACAUAAUCUUCAGGUACAACCCUAUCCUAGCGCUAUCGACGAAACAAUGCUGGCCUCCUUCGGCGGCCAACAGGACCUGCAAAACCAGAGCGACUUAUCCCGUGUGGAAUACUUCGCUGUGCCCACCAACGGCACCCAAGUCCCAGUUCACACCCUUUACGAGCACUACCUGACCACUGCAGGUAUGCCAAACAAAGAACAAAGCGGUGCUAUCUACCAAGCCGGAUUUCAAGCUGGAAUUAAUCUAAUGCAGCAACAAUUAGCAUGUCCGAGUGCAAGCACGAGCGAGACAACCGCGACUGUGGUACCAACAACCUCAAUACCGGGUACGUCCGCACAGCCCUAUAUUACACCACAGGUGCCCUGCAGUCACGUGGUGAGCACUGCGCCCCCACAAACAGGACAUCAUUGUCAAGCCUCGUGCACGCAACACCAACAAUUAGUUCAGACGCACCAACAGCAAAGUCAUCAAGUGCAAGCUGCAACACAGACGACCCAAGCCGGCGAUAAGAAGAAAACAGUCGAUGGGAUGAAAGUGAAGAAGGGACGGGUAAUCAGGCAUCAGAAUCAGAACGUGCAAGGGAAUAAUUUCCACCAGAAUCAGAAUUUUCAAGUUGGGACAAAUAACGCAGCUAUAAACCAGUACAACGGCUUGGCCCCCCAAUGUCAAACCUCCUUGCCAUGCCUCGACGUAGACUCCAAAACCGACAGCAACCACGACACCGCUCUAACCCUCGCUUGUGCCGGCGGCCACGAAGACCUGGUCGACCUCCUCAUUAAUCGUGGAGCUGACAUCGAACACCGCGACAAGAAGGGAUUCACUCCGUUGAUCCUCGCUGCCACCGCCGGUCACGAGAAGGUCGUUGAAGUCCUUCUCAAUCAUAACGCCGACAUCGAGGCGCAAUCCGAGCGAACAAAAGACACACCUUUGAGUCUCGCCUGUUCGGGAGGACGAUACGAAGUCGUCGAACUCCUUCUCAAUAGGAACGCCAACAAGGAACACAGAAAUGUCUCCGAUUAUACUCCGUUGAGUUUGGCCGCUUCAGGUGGUUAUGUCAACAUUAUAAAGUUGCUUUUGAGUCAUGGAGCUGAGAUUAAUUCACGCACGGGGAGCAAGUUGGGAAUUUCGCCCCUUAUGCUAGCGGCAAUGAAUGGACACACCGCCGCUGUGAAACUGUUGCUGGAUAUGGGAAGUGAUAUCAAUGCUCAAAUCGAGACCAAUAGGAACACGGCGCUGACUUUGGCCUGCUUUCAAGGGAGGCACGAAGUGGUCAGCUUGCUGCUAGAUCGGAAGGCUAAUGUUGAACACAGAGCUAAGACUGGCCUCACGCCGCUCAUGGAAGCUGCGAGCGGAGGUUAUGUAGAAGUCGGCCGAGUCCUCCUCGACAAAGGCGCCGAUGUGAACGCGACUCCAGUUCCUUCGUCACGUGACACCGCUCUCACCAUAGCCGCCGAUAAAGGGCACGUCCGUUUCGUAGAACUUCUUCUCUGUAGAGGCGCUCAAAUCGAAGUUAAGAACAAGAAAGGCAAUUCUCCGCUUUGGUUGGCCGCAAACGGUGGUCAUUUAGCCGUCGUUGAGUUAUUAUACAAUGUCAAUGCAGACAUUGACUCGCAAGACAAUAGAAAAGUCUCCUGCUUGAUGGCGGCGUUUCGAAAAGGUCACGUUAAAGUGGUUAAGUGGAUGGUACAUCACGUGACACAAUUUCCGAGCGAUCAAGAAAUGAUCCGCUAUAUUUCGACCGUCAACGAUAAAGAGUUGUUAGAGAAAUGCCAAGAGUGUGUGAAGAUUAUUCGAGCCGCCAAAGAGACACAGGCGGCUAAGGCGAAUAAAAAUGCGACGAUUUUGUUAGAAGAGUUGGAUAUGGAGAAAAAUCGUGAGGAGACAAAGAGACUCGCUGCUGCGCGAAGAAGGGAACGAAAGAAGAAAAAGAAACUUGAAAAGAAGGAAGAGAGGCGUAAGUUACUCGAGGAGAACAAAAAGAACGAGAAUUAUGAUGAGAAAGAUAAGAAAAUCGUCGAGGAUGAAAAAGGCGAAGAGGAGGAUAACGUCCAAGAUAACAUCGAUCCGGCAAUUCGUAACGGCGAUUCCGCCGAUAAAGAAGAGGGUGAUAGUGGAAUAGAUGCCAACAGCCAAGGCAGUUGCUCAAGUAACGAUAUCAAACCGAACGAUAAGCGCAAAGACAAAAAGAAAAAGAAAGCUAAUUCGAAUUCGAAAACCAGCAGUCCUUCGACCAAAGCCGGUUCGAGUAAAUCACAAAAUCUAACCGAACCAGCUCUCAAACGUAACGAGAAAAAUUCAGAAAACAAAAAAUCAGCUCAACAAUUCAGAAAGGGUCUUGUUUUUGAAGCGACGAAAAGUCCAGCUGAACGUGACGAUUUCGAAGCUACAGGAAACGAAAACUACGUUUCAAACAAGUCGAAAAAGACACACAAUUAUGAUGAAAAUCAAACUAAAAACGGCACAUCUACCAGUCCGAAACAGUCGUCGAAACGAGAGGAAGGCUGGAAGGAAGUUGUGAGGAAGUCGUCAGUGCAGACGGUUUCGAUGUCCGAAUCCGGGGUUAAGAAAGUCUCAGUACCGUUAAAUGCGAUUUCGCGAGUUAUCGGACGAGGUGGGAGUAAUAUUAACGCAAUUAGGGGCGCUACAGGGGCACACAUAGAAGUGGAAAAGCAGAGUAAAGGGCAAGGGGAAAGGAUUAUUACGAUUAAGGGCGCACCGGAUGUUACAAAACAAGCACAUUCGUUAAUUGCGACGCUGAUUAAAGAUCCCGAUGUAGAUAUUUUGCAAAUGCUUCCGAAAACGAACAAAACAACGUCGACUACGACUACAUUGUGGGACAAGACUCAAAUCGGGACGAAAAAAGUUGCCGGCAAAGUGUUGACCGUGACUCAACCAUCAGCAACCACAACGACCCAAUCAAAAACCAUCCAAACUGUCGCACCUUCGGUGAGUUCAACGUCGCGUUCGUCUACGACAACUGUAAAACUCCGCGGAGCCGUCCCUGUAAUAACAUCACGCGUCACAGCCCCACGUCUAGUAGCCCAAGCCGAGAAAAACGCCGUUGCUCAAAUCGCAGCAGUCCGUGCUUCAGCCCCUCACACCACCUCAUCAUCAACGAAUCGCCCAACUAAACUAAUAACAACAACAGCGACACAAACCUUCGCCGCAAAACUCUCCGAAACAACAGCCAAUCAACUGUCGAUUUCGGUCAAGGGUCGAAACUUGGGGCUUCCGGUGACCACCGCCGGUCCAAUUUCCCCACAAGCGAUACCUCACAGUUCUACUAACACAGUCACCUCACCCAAACACAACCGACCGACCCCGACAGCUUCAGCACCGCCGAAUAUGCAACACUACCAAAGUCCGGGAAAAGGACAAAUUUUCGGCAGUGCCCCCCCGAGUAAUGUCACAGUUCCGGUUUCAGAAGCGGCUCGAAGUACAACACCCUUGACUCACAACAUACAAGACGAGGGUUUGCAAACUCCUUCGCAAUAUUCGUUAUUUACGUCAGAUCAGCCGAUGUGGAGGCGCGAAAACGAAUCUCAGAAGAACAAUUAUUCGUCAGUUGCGAGCGGUGCCAAUCCACAAAACGUAAUCCCGGCCAAAUUCAUGGAUCAAGACCCACCUCAAGUGGUGGACGUGUCUAAAGCACCAGGCUAUCGAGGCGGAACGGUCUGUUCUCCCGUUUCCUCCAAAACCAGUAGCAACAGUACCACACCUCCUAACAUCUCCGCCAGUUCCUCCUUUCAAGUGUACCCCGAACCGGCCAAAACCCAACCCCUCCCCCCCAUCGGGAGCAACAUCCGCCCGCAACCGACCUCCCAAAACGACAACUUCUACUCCGAAUUCUUCAAAUCGAGCAACAUUCCUCACAUGCUCAACGACACUCAACUGCUACAAUCCUACCCUAAAAACCUCAACUACCCCCAACCUAACAUGCCCCUAGCAAGUGUCUCGCGUCUUAAUCCCAAAGCGCCCGAUUUUUCGAGCACUGUGUACAACGCCAUGCCUAAGCAACCCCAACUGUAUAACGGAUUCAUCCCGAGCAACAACGCCCUCUAUUCCGGGAAUAAAGGCGUGGAUUCGUACCAUAGGUCGCGAUGGCCUCUCAUGCAGAUGCAACAGCCGUUCACUCAACAACAGAGCGAAUUGAUCAGUGGGAUGGCCACCGGGAUGACGUUGCAGACCUUGGCGAGGGUCACCGGGAGUGAGGUCUUGGAAAAUGGACCCGAUUUGGGGAUGGUAAACCACUCGCCGAAUAUGUCGCCGAAUUUGCCAGGGAUGCAAGGGGAGUAUUGUGAGGAUCGGAAGCAGCCACAACCGAUCGGGACGGAAAGGAGGAAGUAUCCGAAUAUUGACGGGUGCUGGAUGUACGGGAACGAGAAGAGGUGGCCAAACAAUGAGUACGGAGUGGGGAGAGGCCAGGUGUAUUCCGAAGAGUUGCCGCAGUAUGUUGAUCAGUUUCCGCCUGCGGUGCCUUUGGAGAACCCCCACAAUUUCUCGAACGGACCAAUGCCCUAUAUGUUGCAACAGCAGCCGAUAGGGCCGCGCCCAACUGAUUUCAUCCCGGUGGAAUUGAAAGACUUGUCUUGGGACGGUAGCCGACCGAAUUUGAACGAUAUUCAAGAGAAAUCGCAACACGGUUGGGCGGGAAUGUCGAAAUGGAACCAGUAAUCACUGACUAUGACCCAAACAGAACUAUAAGCAUUUUUGACAAAGUCCAUCGUGCGAAAUUUAGCUUACAUCUUUGUGAUCUUUGGGAUACAAGUUUUACAGUAGAACCUAGUACUAGUUUUUGUUUAUGGUAUCUCUCUUGAAGUACACUCACGUCAUGUGCAAGUGUCUGGUUAGGAGGCCCAUUAUACAGGCCACGAGCCCCCUUGCCUGCAUUCGGUGUAUAUAAGGAAAAAACCUAUUCAGAUCAUUAUUCUAAUUGUAGUAUGUUGUUUGCAUGUCCCAUUAUUUGGUUUUUAACUGCUUAUAGUUUACGAAAUAAACUGUUUUACUUGAUUAUCUUUUGUAGCCGAUUUGGAUCAUGAAUGAUACAGCUUCACUAGUGGCUCCAAAAACAAGCCGAUUGUCGAGCUGAAGUUAGAAUAUAUAAUUAUAACAUAACACUAUGUAUAAUGUAGUAGUUGCGCAAUGGUGUCGAGGGAUUGGCGAUAGGGACAAGUGUUAACUUGUGAAUAAUUUGUUCUCUAUUCGAAUAUUUACUUUCUUUUUCUUACAUGUGUAAGCGCAGUGUUUGUAUGCCUCACGUCUGGGCUACAGCCCGGCACAAGCACUCGGUGGGUAUCGCUAACUCCCACGAAACUGUAGGGUUAUUAUUAUACGGAUCAUUAUGUAAUAUUGCUUGUACAUGAAGACUUAAAUAUAUCUUUAUGCACUGUA